AUGCGCCGCAAGAAGCACUUGGACCGCGCUGGCGGCGGCGGCGGCGGCGGCACCGAGCUCUUCAUCUGCUUCACCUCCCGCCCCUCCGCCUCCGGCCUCCGCCCCUCCGCAUCCUCCAAGGCUUUCAGCCCCGGCCGCACCGCCGCCGGCGCCGGAGGAGCGAGCGGAGCUGGUUCUGGCGGUGCUGCCGACGCGGCGCCGGCCGCGCUGCUGCGCCCCUCGCUGAGCAGGCGGCUGAGGAACAGCGGGAGCCUCAAGGGCGGCCAGUCGCCCAUGUUCCCGCCGGGCACGGCGUCGGGGGGCCGGCGCGGGCGGGGCGGGAUGGAGCCCGCCGAGCCCUCCUCGCCCAAGGUCACCUGCAUCGGCCAGGUCCGGGUCAAGGGCGGCAAGCGCAAGCCCAAGCACGCCUCCUCCUCCGCCGCCGCCGCGCUGCGCUCGCGCUCCAGGCGCGGCGGCGGCCUGUCCGGCUCCGAGGCCAGCUUCCGCCGCGGGGCGGACGACCGGGACGCCGCCCUCCACCCCGGCGCCAAGAACCAGGGCUGGGUCUACCAGAUCCCGGUCAACAUCUGCGAGGCGCUCAAGACCUUCGGCUCCUGCGGCGGCCGCUCCCUCUGCUCGCCGUCCCGGGAGCGUGGUGGGGGCGCGCCGCGCUCCGGUGCCGCGGGAGACAAGAAGCGCCGCCGCGCCCCGGCCGGCGGCAGCUGGCUCUGCGGCGCCGCCGUCGCGCGGUGCCUCCUGGCGAUCCAGGAGGAGGAGGACGACGUCGGGAAGGGCUCCGCCGUCGGGCCCGCCGACGAGGCACGGGAGUCGCAGGUGGGGCUCGUGAUGCAGGGCUGGGACGUGGAGGACGACUACGAAGAGGAGGACGAGACGCGCGUCGUCGUCGGCGAGGUGGAGGUGGAGAAGGAAGAUGAGAUCUUGCUGGUUGGAGGCAAGGAGGAGGAGGGGAGGGUCAGCGUCUGCAUCCCGCCCAGGAACGCCCUCCUGCUGAUGCGCUGCAGAUCCGACCCCGUGCGCAUGGCGGAGCUCGCCACCCGCUUCUGGGGUUCCCCUGCGGCGGCCACUGCCAGCGUCGGCCAGGUCGACAAUGAAGGGGGCGUCGGCGGCGUCCAGGAAGAAGAAAAAGAGGAAGGCCAUGCCAAUUUGGAAAAGGAAUGUGAAGAGGAAGCUCGGAAUUCAGCGGUUUCCGCCGACGGCGAGGUAUGCCGCGAGCGCGGCGUGGUUGAAGAUGACGGCGGCGAGGCAGGGGAUGCUGGUCAACCGGAGUCUGAAGACGAGAGCUCCAAGCGUGGAGAUAUCGGGGAAGAAGAGAAUGAUGGAGGCUCCAGAGGAGAUGCAGAGGAGAAGGAUGAGCCUGUGGAGGCUCAAAUUGUUCGCAAGGACGUAGGCUUGGAGGUUGAAGCUGCUAAGAGCGAGAGCCAAGCACCGGCAAUGGUGGAGGCUGUGGCAGACACCAAGGAGGAUGCUGAUGCUCCAAGAAUGGAGGAAGAGGUGAAGGGCAGGAGGUCAGUCAGCAGCUGCUCCCCAUCCACAGCACUGAAGGAGGACCGCAAAUUGCGGCGGCUGGGCAGCACCAGGAGGCGCGUUUCCACCAGCAGCAGGGCCUCCUCGAGCAGCGAUCGUGUCGACAGGCGGCACAGCUUCUCCGCCGAAAUGGAGGCGCGGCGAUCGAGCUUCUCGAGCUUGAAGGACUCGAGGAGGGCAAGCUUCUCCAUCGACAGGGAUGGCCGGAGGUGGAGCUUCACCAUUGAGCAGGAGCACCUCGUCGCGGAGCCCAAGGUUUUGAUGGCGUCCAGGAAGGGGAAGAAAAAUUCGUCCGAGGCCGAGUCGGAGAAGGACUGCCCUGUUCUUGUUGCUGCACCGAACAGUGUGGAGGAAGCCCAGGAGUGCAAUGAGGAUGGAAAGGAAGAGGCCACAAAUGAUGAUGCUGAGGAAGAUGGAACGACAGCACGAUGUGGCGAGAUUAACACGGAGGCUGAGAAGGUUGAGACCGGAGUCGAUGAGGAAAAAACCGUUGAGGUGAAGCAGGAACAGAGGAAGAAGAGCGGCGAGCUGCCGGAUUGCCUCCUGAUGAUGAUGUGUGAGCCCAAGCUCUCCAUGGAGGUCUCCAAGGAGACAUGGGUGUGCAGCACCGAUUUCGUCCAUUGGAAGUCUCACCAGGGUCAGAAUCGCCGCCAACAGAAGGCGGCUGCUACCGGCAGCAAUGCUGCUGCGUCAGAGGAGACGAAGGAUGAUUUAAGCAAUGCUCCGGACGACACCGGUGUCGCGAAGGAUACAGAAGAGAGCACCGUAGUGCAAGCACCGGCGAACCCCGCGUCUAUGCCACCCCAGGCCGCCCCGAAGCCACCACUGAAGCCAGCAGUGGAGCAGAAGCUCAAGCUAGAGCUGCCGAAGGUCGCUGCCAGCGUGGUGGCGUACGCGCCGCUCGUCCUGAAGCGAUGCAAGUCCGAGCCGCUGCGGUCGUCUGCGCGGCUGGCGCCCGACACGUGCUUCUGGAAGGAGGACCGGCACCGGCCCCUCAACGCCACCGGGAUCGGCUUCUGA